GACAGGAGAGCUGAUCACAAGGCAAAAGGACAACAAUCAGGGAGUCGCAGGAACCGCCGAGACCUCCAGGGGCUAACACAGAGCAAGUAGCUGGGAUGAAGUUGAAGAAUGCAAUGCUGAAGAUGGCUACUUGACUUGAUGAAUUCCCAAGAGGCUGGAAAGUGAGAGUCAGCCCUAACUUGACGACGAGGACAAGAAUCAGAUGCGUGUGUUCUCAGACUAGAAAGAAAUGCUGCGCCUGCUCUUACAUAUCUGGUUGAUAGCGCUGAUUGGGUUCGCCUAUGGCGAUGUCUCGCCUGUCAUUCAGAGCGAGCAUGCGAGGCCCUGUGCCCAUCACAACAGCUCAAAAGGUUGCAAGCAGGGGAACGGACUGAGUGCGAACCCUCAGCCUCGGAUCUUCGAGGGGAUCUCAGAUUUCUUCGAGGGUUUGUUCGGAGGGUCGGAUGAGAGGUGCAUCCUCCCUGACGUGGAGGAGCAGCUGCGUUAUCAGGUGGCUGACUGCUCCACUGAAAGGCUCCCCUCCCUCCGCCUGCAGUUCGGGCCCGCAGACUGCGAGCUUUCUAGCCCAAUCCCAUCAGCUCCCUCCUGCAGCAAACAAUGUGGGGCAGGGGAGUACCUCUCCUGGAGCAGAGGAGGUGGCAACUUUGCGUGCAAGCAGUGCCCAGCGGGCAAGUUCAGCGUGGGAGGAGGGGAGAGAUACCAGCGAUGGCCGCAAAGUCUGCCUCCUCAGUUUGAAACCACGUGCUACUCGUUGGAUCCGGAUCACUUUGCCGACGCGCAGCAGGUCUGGUUGGAGAAGGUCAACUGCGACCCGUGGCAGGUGGGGAGAAACGGGAGCAUGCUAUCCUCAGGGGACAACCGGAGGUACAACUACGUAGAGAGCUACCUCAUCCUCCACCUCAAGUUCGUAAGGAAGGGCAGCCUCUGGUUCCGUUUCAUGGUGGAUGCUGAAGACCACGCCGACGGCCUCCUCUUCAGGAUCGACCAUGUGAACCAGCCGCUUGAUCCCUCGGGCUCCGUCUUCGUCUCUCAGAUCCUCGAGCCCCAGAGAGCAGAGUUCGCAGUCGAGCCUGGCUGGCACGUGUUCAAGUGGGUCUACUACAAGGACAUGUCGGUCACCUACGGCAAAGAUCGUGUGGAGCUGUGGGAGGUCGGAUUCAACGGUACCGAGUGGGCAGACACAUCUUGCUCAAGCUGCCCUGAAGGUUUCUCUAGCGUUGCAGGAUCCUCCCGUUGCUCGAGCUGCGAGGAGGGGACGGUCUUCGACCAGACGUCCCAGCGCUGCCUUUCCUGCAACCUCACCACCCACUACGCUCUCCCGGGCUUCUCCAAGUGCGAGCUCCGCCCUCCCUGCAGGCCCGACGACUACGUCGAGCGCUACACGCAGUGUAACAGCGAGACCAACACGAGGGACAAGUGGUAUGUAUGGACAGAGCCCAAAAUCUGCCGGGGUCAGCUGCUGCCCCCCAACGUGACUGGACUGCCCUGCCCCCCUUGCUCAGUCGGCAAGGUUCUGGUCCAAGGGAAGUGCUCCUUCUGCUCUCCCGGCUACUUCGCAGACCCGGCAUCGUCUCAGUGUCUGCCAUGCGGACCCGGGAGCGAGGCUCCCUUGUUCCAAGUGAUGACGGACUUCUCGACAUGGCCGGAGCAGAUGACGACUGGAUGCAGAGGUGAGUGCGGGACGGCAGGCUGGCGGUCUCAGGGGAGUUUCUUGGAGGCCGGGAGGGAUCACUACGACGCGACGGUCUGGUUGCGACUUGACGUUGUCCUCGUCGAGGUCGGAUCGCUUCAGUUUGGUUUCUCGCUGGCGUGUAGAGGCAACGACGUGAGUUUCGUAGUCGAGGUGGACGGGAAGAACCUUGUGGACCUCUGCGCGGGCGGGGGCGCUGCUGCCUCGUCCUGGUCAGUGAGCCUCUCAACUGGAAGUCACGCGAUCCGCUGGCUGUACAUCCAACGCUCAUCCUUGGCAGGCACUGACCUGCACACUGCGAGGAUCCUCAACAUCUCCCUCUCUGGUGUGGCGCAAGGAGGAGCUCUGCACUGCCUGCCUUGUCCUGCAGGAUUCUUCAGCACUGGACUUCAGACAAACUGCCUGGCGUGCCCCGAGGGAUUCUCGAGCCCCCCCGGUGCCACUGGCUGCUCCUUGUGCGAGGAGGGAAAGUUCGCCCCUUAUCCUGGAUCCUCGACUUGCUUCCAGUGCGGAGCCAACGCCGUGAGCGGGGCCGGGUCGGCGGAGUGCUCGGCGGACUGUAGAGUCUCCUGGUCGGAGGAGGAAGCGGUGUACGACUUCGCGCCGCUGCGCACGAGGCUGGACGGGGUCACGCCGAUGACGUACGAGGACAGGGAUGGAGAGAAGCAGCUUGUCUUCCUGUCGCUCUGUGCUCCUCUUCCUCUUAACAGCUCGUGCGUGCAGGGAAUGGAAGCGCUGGAUCAUCCCAGACACAGCUACUCCUGCUCGGUGAAUCCGGAGGAUACGGAGGACGACUCCGCCUCCCAGCUCGAGAGGAGCGGGGGAGCGAAAGACCUCGGGUCUACCCUGUCGUUCCUUCCCCUUCCUAAGUUUCUCCGUGCCCGAGGCUUCUCCAAAGGGCUGACCAUCGGCCUCUUCAACGGGGACGAGUGCGAGGGGGGAGGUGGAGGAGGAGCCAGCAAGACGUGGAGCACGGAACUGCAUAUUGUCUGCAACGCAAGCAAGGGGGUCGGGGUUCCCACCUUCCUCUACGAGCUUUCCUCCGCAGAGCCCUGCACCAUGCACGUCCUGUGGGAGUCGCAACAUGGCUGCCCGCUCUGCACGGACGGAGACUACAAGGCCAUGGGAGGAGCAUGCGUCAAUGGCUUACAGGACAUCUCCUACUUCCGCAAGACGGAAUGCUUUGCCGGCGUUCCGAUGCCUCCUCCUGAGUAUGGAUCCUCUUGCAUCAAGCAGGUUGCAAAGGUUCUGCCCUCAUGGGUCCUCCUUCUCAUCGUCGUUGCCGUCGUUGCUGUCGUGGGGAUCAUUGUGUACAUAGCUUGCCUCUACUACAGAUACCGCAACAUGUACGAGAAAUAUCAGAAGCUGGUUCUCAGCGAUCGGGAUGUGGAACACAGAGAUUUCGACUCUGAGAUCAUAGCGGAAGAAGGAUAGGUCAGGUCAUCCUGAGACAUCUCGCAGAAAGAUAUGUUGAUGGUGAUGUAAAGUAGGGAUGAGAGG